AUGGGGGGCUCAAAAACUAGGGGCCAUCGUCAAACGGCUCGCGUACCCGGAUUCAAACAGCAGGUCCGUAGAGGAACGUCGUCGCUUCCUGGGAACCUCUAUUCUUCUCAAUGGUCUCCAGAGAAAACGGAGCUGCCGUAUCACGAGUCAGUUCAGAUCGGGGACGAUGAAAGCACUGCCGUUGAGACAUCCGACGAAGAUGAAAGCAGGGAAGACUACGAUGUCUUCGAGUCAUCCGACGAGGACCGAAGCACGGUCGUGGAAACAUCGGAGGAAGAUGAAAGCAGAGAGGACUACGAUGUCUUAGGGGUUUUCGACGAUGGCCAACGAGCGGAGGGCAAUUUACAGGCGUGGCUACGAUCGUUCCGAUCGUUCGAUGAACAGUUGUCCUCGCGAGAUGAUGGCUGGAGCGAGUCGACCGCGUCGAGUGUCGGGGCGAUCGGGCGCCUUGCACCGCGUGACAAUGUCGUCACGAUUAUGGCCUGGCUGAGUUCGAUCGACCAUAAUUGGCAUCGAGAAGGGACCUUGCGUGAUCAUUGCCCAGGAACAGGACAAUGGAUUUUGUCGUCAAAUGGUGUCCAGAACUGGUUGCACGGCGAAAAGCAGACUCUUUUUUGCUCUGGCAUCCCCGGCGCCGGCAAGACAAUGGCUGCAUCGCUUAUAAUUGAUCAUCUACAGAAUCAUUUCGCGAAAGCGAAUGUAGGCAUUGCAUAUAUAUAUGGCCGGUCCUUUGAUCAUACAUAUAAUAUCCACGAUAUCCUCCGGAGCCUGUUGAAACAACUGGCGCUGUGUCGACCAACAGUUCCCGACGCAGUUCGAUCGAUUUACCGAUACCAAAAACGCCGUGGAGCCGGUCCAUGUCUAGAGAAGAUAUUCAAGACCUUGGAUAGUGUGAUGGGCUUGUUUUCGAGGGUGUUUAUCAUCGCAGAUGCGCUCGAUGAACUGCCGCUCUCGGACCAAGGGCUGGAGCUAGUCCUGUCCGAGAUAACUGUCUGGCGGUCUCGACAUAACGUGAAUCUACUCGCCACCUCGCGUCCAGUCCCCUACAUAACACGAUAUUUCUACGAUGCACCAACGCUCGAGAUCCGCGCCGACCAAGGAGAUGUCAAGACAUAUCUGGGGUGGAGACUGAAAGCGUUCCCCUUGCGUGUCAAACCAUCACUUCAACAGAAAAUCAUCAGUGACAUUAGCAGUGCGGCGUGUGGAAUGUUCCUUCUUGCCGUGCGCUCGAUGGACACACUGGCCGCGUGUCGAUCUACUAGAGCUAUCCCGGCCCUCCUGGAGGCACUCCCUAUGUCGGUUGCCAUGAACAGAUUCUACAGGGACAUCUUGCAUCAAAUAGUGAACAAGACGGUGAAAGGAAAGCCAUCUGGCAAGCUGGUUCUAUCGCUUUUGGUCUGCUCGCAACGACCUCUGACAUUGACGGAAAUCCAGCAUGCCGUGGCCAUGGACUCCGUGGGUCCCAGAUGCGCCGCCGCCUUAGAUUCAGACAGCUUGCCUGAAGUUGACGACAUGCUCUCGGCCUGUCUCGGGCUUCUCACAAUCAAUCCGAAAAAACGCAUAUUUGAUUUCACCCACCACACAGCGGCAGAAUACAUCAAACGAAAGUGUACGCGUAACGCGUCCUACGCCCACUUUAGAAUUGCUAGACUCUGUAUCAACUAUCUUUCACUCCAGGAAUUUGCGGCGGGAGCUUGCGGCACGGACGGGGAGUAUGAGCGGCGUCUAGCUCGACAUCCAUUCUACAAUACUCCGCCAAGAAUUGGGGGUCUUAACUUACUGGUAGAUGCUGCUAGGGUAUCUGUGUGCUUGCAAGGCAUCUUUGCAGAGCCAGGCACGGUGGGAUAUAGCCAACGUUAUCCUACAGCCACUGGCAUGCAUGUCGCGGCACAUUUCGGCCUCGAUUACCUGUACAGGGAGCUCGUCGUCGAGGGGCAGCAGAUUCAAGCCAAAGAUAGCAAUGGACACGCCCCAUUGUGGUGGGCGCUAGAGCAGAGACAGCAUCGGAUGGUGAAAGUACUAGAAGAUAAGGACAACAUCACGCUCCGACAGCUGAUCAAAGUCGGCAGGAGAGAUCUGAUCAGGAGACUGCUGGAUACGGGAUACGACAUCAAUUCUCUAGACUUCUUCCGACGGACACCUCUGCACAGCGCCAUCUCCUCGGGCGCCCAGGACUUGUUAAUGGACUUUGUGGAAGCCGGCGCAGAUGUCAACAUCCGGGAUGGAGAUGGCGCGACCCCGCUACGUCUUGCUGUCCAGCUCUACCGACACCAUCUCAUUGACAUUCUUCUGGGGAACGGCGCGUCGCCGGAAGAUGUUAGCUUAUCCGAGUGGCGGAGGUUGUACCGGCGCCAGCGAUCUGAUAUCGCAGUGUUGGCCGCCAAGGACAACAAAGGGCUGUCUCUUCAGUUUAUCGCUUCUGAGGAGGACUUUGCGGUGGGAACCGACAGCAGCGGCCACAAAAGACACUACAUACUUCACGGGAGUUGCAUACCGUGGUAUAGCAUCUUCACCAUCCCAAGAGUCAGUCCGGCCCAGUUCGAGCUGGCCACCCAUAUAUCAAGGCACCAAGAUGAAACCGAAUUUCAAUAUGCGCUCUUUUCAUAUAUGCCCAAUCGACACAAGCCGGAAAACCCCAAUGAGAGCCACGACCAAGUUGGCAUAGCCUGGAAAGUAAGAUGGCAGACGGAUGAAGAGAGCGCCGAGUACUGGCAGUCAACAGACUACUAUAGCACACUGCCGUACGUCUGGAUGCCUGUCGGUGGUAUCGACCUGUUACUUCACUUCCUGCGUUAUCUCAAUCAAAAAUGGGUUGAGCUGACCGAGUCGGAGAAGAAGUCACUGGAGACUUUUCGGCGGAACGUCUUCCGCGGCAAGGGCGAAUCCCGCGAUCUCCUCGACGAACUCCUUCAAAACACAGAUAUGUGCAAUUACCUCCGAGUCACCCUGCAGGACCAUGUUCUUAAAGUAAAAGAGUUCGGGAAUGAAUACUGCCGGCGGCAGGAAGGCGACGACGCCAUGAAGCAGGUGCACGGAGCGACAGACUGCUUGUUCGGGGAUGUUAGCCAGCGGAUCGAUUCGUUGGAUAAAGCAUGUCAGGAUCUUAUCCAAAUCGAGUUCAACCUUGUUUCGAUCAACGAAGCCCGGCUGUCGACAUCUACAACCAUAAGUAUGAAACGGCUGAGUUGGAUCACAUUUAUCUUUCUCCCCGCUACCUUCGCUGCAACUGUCUUCGGCAUGAACAUCAACCUCCUAGAAAACAACCCCAGCUGGUGGUGGUAUCUUCCGUUUCUGGGGGCUGUUAUGGCGCUGACCGUUGGCGGAUGGUUGCUGUUCAAACACAAUCCCAAUGUCGAGGUCAGUGUCGAUCGAAGGAUAGAGGCGGUAUUUGGGCAGGGUCGGUUGAAGAAGAGAAACCAAGGGGAAGUGUGA